UUACUGCGAGGAUUUUAUUUUGAUAGUGCCACCCGGAAGUGUUUUGAUAACGACCACGGUCGCUAGCGUGUGUAGCAGGACCGCGGCAUCGAUUUCUUUAUGGGCAUUGGGGCCUCGGCGCUGCCCCGGUGGCGUCAAGCUGGAUGUCACGCCGUGGUCUCGUAGCUAAAAGUUAACGUUACAGCACAAAAACGUCUCCGGUCGCCGGUCUCCGGUCUCCGGAUCCCCAGCCGGCGUUAGCUUGUUGGCUGAAGCUAUGUCGCAGCUAGCCGGAGGCGGUAGGUAGACACCUGGUCCGGUUUGGGAAACGUGGUUGAAAAAACCCAAGGUGUCACCAUGGCUGACGACCCUCAGAGAAAUUUCCGCUCGGCAUAUUAUGAGAAGGUGGGUUUCAGAGGCGUGGAGGAGAAGAAAUCGCUGGAAAUACUGCUCAAGGACAAUCCUCUGGAUCUGGAAAAGCUGAGCACCUUCAGUCAGAGGUUCCCCCUCCCCUCCAUGUAUAGGAUCCACGUGUGGAAGGUACUACUGGGCAUCCUGCCACCCCACGGCGACUCUCACGCUCUGGUCGGAGGCUACAGGAGGGAGCAGUACCAGGACAUCCUGGAGGCCCUGGAGGUCAUGAGGUACAUCAACUCCUCCACACCCUCCACCCACGUCUACCUGCGCAUGUUCCAGCUGGAGAGCCAGGUGCUCCCGCGGUGCUCCGAGACCACACCCCCGGAUGAAGAAAACGAGGACUUCCUCUCCAUCAGCAGAGCCAUGGAGGAGAUCGUAGACGAUCCCGUCGACUGCUACUGGCUGAUCAAGUGCUUCGUCAAUCAGUUCCACACAAAGUUCGGCGACUCAAUACCCCAUCUUCCAAAGAGCCUGGAGCAUUAUCUGAGUCAGGAGGAACCUCGACUGCUGAACCAUCUGAAGAACGCCGGAGCCCUGGCCCAGCUGCCCUACGGCCUCUGGUUCAGACGCUGCUUCGCCGGCUGCCUGCCGGAAUCCAGCCUGCAGAGAGUUUGGGACAAAGUGAUCAGCGGCUCCUGUAAGAUUCUGGUGUUUGUUGCCCUGGAGAUUCUGCUGAGCUACAAGAUCGUGUUGAUGGGCAUCAACCGGCCUGAACGCGUGAUCAAGUUUUUGUGCAAUAUACCGCAGGAAAACACAGACGCUAUCGUGACUAAAGCCAUCGACUUGUGGCAUAAAUAUUGUGGCACCCUGGUGCACGCUGUCUAGCCACAUGGGACCCAUGGGAAAUUUGGGACAGGAGGUGAGAUGCUUUCCCAGAAUCCACCAGGACUUCCUCUCGAGACCGCUGAGAGACUGACAGACUGGCGCUCACUGUCCGUGGGGCUUUUUCUCCGCUUGACUGAACUGGAAACUCAUCACGGGCUACUUUUGAUAAGCUGGUGACUUUGGGAACCACUUUCCAUAUUGACCAGUCAACUUCCAGCUUUCCCCAAAGAAUAUGACACACUGUACUGGGGAGACAUGAACACUAAGAAUGGCUACUGUACAGAGAGGAUGCUGAAGGAGGUCACGGAAUCGUGUUAUGUGUGAAAACCUGUUCGGAAAAAGACAAGGAAGCAAACUUAUUUUUUUUUAAUAAGUUUCUUUCUUUAAGAAACUGCAUACAUCAUAGAAGACUCACAAUAAAUUAAUAUCCACAUGCAGUUUUUUCUGCUUUACAAAAACA